UCUCUUCUCAAAACGUUUCUAGAAAUCUAGAAUUCCCAUUUCUUCUCUUCUUCUUCUUCUUCUUCUUCUUCUUCUUUUUCUUCUUCCUUAUCACUUUCUUUAUCUUUUUCUUUCAAAAGUCGAUCUGAUUUCCUUUUUCUGGGUUUCAUGGAGCUGAUUCCGGGUUUACCCGACGACAUCGCUCGCGAGUGUUUAAUCCGAGUGGAUUACAAGGACGUCGCGGCCGUCGCAUCGACAUGCAGGAAUUGGAGGGCCGAGAUUCACCUACCGGAGUUUUAUCGGCGAAGGAAGGCCGUCGGAUUUAGCCAAAACCUCGUCGUCAUGGCUCAAGCUCGGGCCCAACCCGGAACCGAUUUCGGUACCCGAAAAAAAGAUCUGGUUGCUCCGACUUACCGGCUCUCAAUUCUCGAGCCGGAAACUGGUGAUUGGUGGGAAUUGAAUCCCGCUUUCGGGCUAUCCGACCAGUUGCCUCUGUUCUGUCAGCUUGUUCAAGUCGGAUCUGAUCUUAUUGUUUUGGGUGGAUGGGACCCGAUGACGUGGACAGCAUCCAACGGCCUGUUCAUUUAUAAUUUUGUUUCGGCGACGUGGCGCCGUGGGGCGGACAUGCCGGGUGUGCCGAGGUCGUUCUUCGCUUGCGCGGCGUCGGAUUCUGAUCGGAUGGUGUUUGUUGCAGGAGGGCACGAUGACCAGAAAAAUGCGUUGAGAUCCGCGAUGGCAUAUGACGUGGCGAGGGACGAGUGGUUGCCCAUGCCUGAUAUGGGAAGAGAGCGGGACGAGUGCAAAGGUGUUUUCCACCGUGGCAUGUUCCACGUCAUCGGUGGGUACUCCACUGAUAUGCAAGGCCAAUUCGAGAGCAGCGCCGAGCCAUUUGAUGCUUCCACGUGGCAGUGGGGUCCGGUGAACGAGGAUUUCUUUGAAGUUGGCACGUGUCCAAGGACAUGUGUCUCGGGAGAUGACGGGUGCUUGUACAUGUGUCGCGCGGGUGAAUUGGCGGCAUUUAAGGAUGCCACGUGGAAAGUGGUCGCUAAUUUACCCAAUGAGGUGAAAGAGAUCGCAUAUGUGGUGACAUGGCAGGGAAAGCUAUUAGUGAUUGGUUCACCGAGGUUCGGUGAGCCCCACAUGGCCUACGUGUUAGACACGAAGCAGUACACGUGGACAAAAAUGGCAGUACCAGAGGCGUAUUCAACUCAUGUUCAGUCAGGGUGUUGCUUAGAGCUCUAAAGUCUAAAUUUUUAUUAUGUAUUGUUCUUUUAAAUUUUAAUGUUUUACUAAGUUCAAGUUUGAGGAAGUGUACUGUGUACAUAUGAGGAAUUGUAUUAAUAUACAUAUUUUAAAUUGCUUGUGCGAGUUUA